CACAGUAGAAUGAGUAAAGCAAAAACCUCCUAGCGCCAAGAGCCGCUAAACCCCUUUUCAAGAACUCCCAAAUCUCCCUCCCCACUGCGAAGGGCCUCUGACAGCCUUCUCUCCUGUCCAUCACAAUAUAUAUAUAGAGAGAGAGAGAGAGUGGAGAGAGAGAGACAGAAGAGUAAUCUUUGCACUCAAUAAUUGAGUGUGGUGUGUGAAGUAGGUCUUCCAAUUUUGGUAUCAAAGCGAAUGGGAAGUAAAUUGGAUGGGACGGAAGUCCCCAUCAUCGGCAGCGACUCCGUCAAGUGGCUCGAAGUCUGCGUCCCUUCCACUCCUCUUUUGCCAUCACCCACCGCCGCUGAUCCUACUCCUGCUUUGCCGCCGCCGUUCUUCGCCCCUCCCACCCAAGACGCCGCCUCCUGCUCCGUUAUCGGAAACCCUCCUACCUAUCUCAUUUGGAGAGUUCACAAGGAUCAGCCAAAUGCACUAGAAAUAGUGGAAAUCUGUGAUUGUAAAGAAUUUCCUAGCGUUGGAUUGCGAAUAGUAUUUCCGGAUGCACUGUGUCCAUUUGCUUUUUUCUGCAAAGAUGAGAUCAAAUGUGCUUCUGGGAAUCCAUACUUGCUUUAUGCAUUAACUGUCUCUGGAGUUGCUUAUCUUAUUAGACUCAAAAACUUUUAUAAUUAUGCAUCUUGCUCUGUUUUCCCACCAAAUGAGAUCAUAGAGUUGAAUAUCCAAAGUUAUCCUCAUUAUGGAGGAAUAACAGCUGUUGCAGCAAUUUCGGGUUGUCUUGUAAUUGGGAGAAAUGAUGGGUCCGUUGGUUGCUUUCAACUGGGCGUACUUGACCCUAGCCUUCCAGGCUUUGUGCAUGAGCUGCGGGAAGAUGCAGGCCUUGGUCGCUUGUGGGGUUUCGUGUCGUGGAAUAGGACUGUAGCUGCUGUGCAGGAUUUGGUUAUAUCUGAUGUGUAUGGGAAAAGGCUUCUUUUUGUGCUUCAUUCUGAUGGGAUCUUACGAGUCUGGGACCUUUUAAGUCGUAGCAGAAUUUUCAGUCAAACCAUUAGUGUUGCAACAUUGGCAGGAGUGACAUUGGAAAGGUUAUGGGUCAGGGAAGCAGACAAUAGCACCAGUACAAUUCAUUUUGCAGUCCUAUAUAAACAGACUUCGGAAUUUAUCACGGAGCAGAUCAAUAUAUAUAGCCUCCAUUUUAGCCUGGGGGAUAAGACCAUUUUGUUGUUGGAGCCUUCAAUACAAACUAUUCCUUUGGAGGAGGGUGGACUCAUUGAUGUCAAGCUUACUUCUAACAAAAUAUGGAUGCUAAAAGAAGAUGGAUUCAUAAUGCAAGAGCUGUUCGGUACAAAUGUUAAUGGGGGAGUAGCACACUGCUAUUCUUUGCAGGAUGCAUUUGUUGCUGACCAGUUAUUUCAAAGUCCUGAACAUUCUUCCGAUGAUCUUCUUUGGCUUGCUUAUUCAAUAUUUUCAUCGCUAAAGGAUCAAAUUGUCCUGUUUUUAUCUUCUAUUUUCUUACGUAGGCUGCUACUUCCUGGGGUUCAUCAUAAUGCUGUUCUCCGAGCAACGUUUCAAGAUUAUAAUAAGCAUUUGACUGAUUCCGAAUUUCAUUCCUUAACUGUUGAUGGGUUAAAAAAGGAAAUCCUUUCACUUAUAGAGCAUGAGGGUGUCUCUGAAAAUCCAGUGUCAGUACUUUACUGCUGGAAAACCUUUUGUUCCCGCUAUUUUCAUAAUUGGUGCAAAAAUAAUGCACCAUUUGGUAUGCUCAUUGAUUCAUCUACUGGAGCUAUUGGUUUAAUCAGAAAAAAAUCAAUCUCUUUGUUCCGCCGUUUAGAGGAUAUCGAGCUUCUUAGCUACGGUUCUUUUGAUCAACUUGGCGAUUUUAUAAGCUCUGGGUUGGGUAUUUCUGUUGAUUCCCUUGAAUGUGAGAUUCUUCUUGAAGUUCUCCGAUGCCUUAGUAAUAUCAGCCAACAGUUGGGCAAAGCUGUUUCGGCUAUAUAUUACGAAUCACUUCUCAGUGCACCAAUUGUAUCGUCUGAAGAAGUUGUUCCUCGCUUACUGAAGAUUUUAGAAACUGGUCAUAGUUCAUCACUAGCAGCUCUCCAUGUAUCAGAUCUGGGAACGGAUAUUGCUUGGGAGAAGGAAGUGGCAGGUCACAAAAAUCUGAGGAAAUUCUCUAUAGAGAUGUUUCUUUCUUUUCAUGCUUUGUGCAAUAAAGCUACCACGUGGGCCAAAGUUUUGAAAGUGAUAGAGAGCUACUUGAAAUUUCUCGUACCUUGCAAAAUUAUACAAAAGAUUGAUUCUGAAGUAGUCUUUAGUAUCAACACUUCUCUGACGGUCCAGGCUACUUCGCAAGUUGCAAAAGUUAUGUUUGAAUCCGCAUUGGACAUACUUCUGCUGCUAAACUAUCUCGUGAAUGUCAGUGGACAGAUACGCAUGUUACCCGAUGACAUUUCCAAAAUACAACUUGAGUUGGUUCCGAUGAUUCAAGAAAUUAUUACUGAGUGGCAUAUCAUCCAUUUCUUUGGUACAACACCAUCUGAAUCACCUGCCAUUGAAGAUUUCAGUUCUCAACUUUCAUCUUUACAAAUUGAUGGCAAAGCUGAUGAGAGAUCAUGGAAUAAGAUGCUUGGCAAAUGUGACUUCAAAUUGGCUUUUAUACUCUUAUUAAGUGCCCGAAGUACCCCUGAAGACCAGAACCACCUUUCUUCAAGAUGUCAUCCCAAUCCGAGCAACAUUAUUCUUUCAGUAAAAGGCUUUACUAGCUGGCUGAUAUGGGGCAUGACUGGAGAAGCAUCUUCUGCCUUCUUCAGCCAUUCAACUGAGCUUGCUCUCAUCUUACUUAGGCACGGGCAGUAUGAUGCUGUUGAGUACCUACUUAAUAUCGUGGAGGCACAUUCACAAAAGGAAAAGACGUCGGGAAGUAUUCAGAGUGAUGAUGGUAAAUGGUUUACAAUCCUCCAUCUUCUCGGAUGUUGCCUUCUUGCUCAGGCACACUGUGGAUCACCUGGAAUCCUGAAAGACAGAAAAGUUCGUGAAGCUGUUCGUUGUUUCUUCAGAGCUUCAUCGGUACAAGGAGCUCCUCAGGCUUUGCAGCGUUUAACCAGCGAAUCAUGGUUGCCACAUUUUGGUUUCACUGGUUGUUUAUCUUCUGCAGCGUGGAAGCUUCAUUAUUAUCAAUGGGCAAUGCAGAUAUUUGAACAAUAUAAUAUGAGUGAAGGUGCUUGCCAAUUUGCUCUUGCUGCACUUGAGCAAGUCGAUGAAGCUCUUGGUCAUAAUGAUGAUAGCCAUGGGGCAGAACCUCUUAAUGAAUCUGCAACUACUGUUAGAGGACGCCUUUGGGGAAAUGUCUUCAAGUUCACAUUAGAUCUUAAUUAUUAUUAUGAUGCAUAUUGUGCAAUUAUUUCGAAUCCCGAUGAGGAAAGCAAGUAUAUGUUGUUGAGGCGUUUCAUAAUCGUUCUUUAUGAACGUGGUGCCAUAAAGACUCUUUGUGAUGGUCAACUACCUUUGAUUGAUUUAACAGAGAAGGUAGAGAGAGAACUUGCUUGGAAGGCAGAGCGUACAGAUGUUUCAGCAAAGCCAAACCCAUUGAAACUGCUUUAUGCAUUUGAGAUGCACCGACAUAACUGGCGAAGGGCGGCAAGCUAUAUUUAUCUAUAUUCUGCUCAGUUAAGAACUGAAGCAGCUUUGAAAGAUCAUCAGAAGUCCCUGAUUUUGCAAGAGAGGCUGAAUGGGCUCUCUGCUGCUAUAAAUGCACUGCAUCUUGUUCAUCCUGCAUAUGCUUGGAUUGAUCCUCCACUUGAAGAACAAUGUCUUCACAAAGCCCAAUAUCCAAGUAAAAAGGCUAGAAUAACAGUGCAAGAACAGUCUGGCAAUGAUGUUCAACAUCAAAGACUGCAAAAUUAUUUGGAUAUAGAGAAACUUGAAAAUGAGUUUGUGCUGACAUCAGUGCAAUAUUUGCUCUCACUGGCAAAUGUCAAAUGGAAUUUUACUGGCAAUGAGAAACCACCACCAGAUUUAGUUGACCAGUUGAUCCAGGCGAAUUUCUAUGAUAUGGCCUUUACAGUUCUUCUGAAAUUUUGGAAGGGGUCAGGAUUGAAGAGGGGACUGGAAAGAGUCUUCAUUGCAAUGUCAUUGAAAUGCUGUCCAAAUAGAGCAGGCCCCUCAUUGGCUGGGAAUGAUCUAAGAACACAUGGUCUUCUGUUGACAUCAUCGAAUGAUGAAAUGGUUGUUGAUGGUUCACUUGAUAUUGGUCCUUCAACACACCAAUCUAAAGGGAAUAGCCAAUGGGAAACACUUGAGCUCUAUCUGGAAAAAUAUAAAGGAUUUCAUCCCAGACUACCCGUAAUUGUUGCAGAGACUCUUCUUCGUGCAGAUCCUCAGAUUGAAUUGCCGCUUUGGCUGGUUCGCAUGUUCAAGGGUGCUCAAAGGGAAAGUACUUGGGGGAUGACUGGCGAAGAAUCAGACCCUGCAUCCUUGUUUCGACUAUAUGUUGAAUAUGCUCGAUAUGCAGAAGCUACUAAUCUGUUGGUUGAGUACAUUGAAGCCUUUGCAUUGGUGAGACCGGCAGACAUUAUUCGUCGGAAAAGGCCAUCUGCAGUUUGGUUCCCGUAUGCAAUAGUUGAGCAGCUAUGGUGCCGACUUGAGGAAUUGAUAAGUUCGGGUCACAUGAUUGAUCAGUGUAGAAAACUGAAAAAGUUGUUACAUGGGGCUCUAUUGAACCAUCUCAAUCUGCUGAAAGUGGAUUCAGAUGAUGUGCAGUCUUCUGCGUCCGUUGAGAAACUUCAGCAAAAACUACGGAGCUAAGCAAGAGACUGUGAUACCUUAAUUCCCUCGCAAGGUGUACUGCAUUUCCUGGGUUCUUUGAUUAACAUCAGAUCCCUUGCACAAGCGUGGCGAUUUUGAAAUCAGUGGCGAUAGUGCACUAUAAAGUUCAACAUAUGAUUUUUGGAAAUCCAAUCUGUUUCUUUUUGGUUUAGGCUGUAGCAGUGUAGCCUCGUGUAUUAGAAAAAUCAGAUGAACACCAACUCAAGGUAAUAUUUUCAUAGUUUGGGUCGGCAGCGGCACCACUUUUGAAACUUAAAUGAGAGAAUGGUCUUAAACGGUAUGCAUCUUGUUUUGAGCUCCACGGUGUGGAGGAGAGGAAAGAGCAAUGGACAAAAUACAUUGCUUCAAAAUUAGGUUUUAAGAUAGCAGCUGCUCAAUAUUUGUUGAUAGCAGCAUAUUGUCCUGUUGAUAUGUAUAGUUCAGAGAUUGAUUUCUGGUUUUUUAGGUGCUUGUGUGUGCAUUUCCAAGUUGUUAGGCUAAAACACAUUGGAUUGCUUCCAUUAAAAUUUUAUAAUUAAGAAGGAAAACUAUCACUACAUAGGAUCUAUUUUCAUGCUUACCAUGCAGGUUUGUUUAACCAUCCAAAAUUUUCUCGUUCUUUUUUUUUUU